AUGUCUCAUAAACAUCGUCGAGAAGAAAAAUCUUCGUCUGUUUCUCAUCAUGACAAAGCAAAAAUGGUUAUUCGUCAAGCAUUUAAUAAAUCAGUGAAUAAUUCUGAUGAUACAAAACAAAAUUUUAAUUUUCAUCUCUAUGAAUCUGAUAGACAAGAACGUAUUAAUGAAAUUGUUGAUGAUGACGAUGGAGAUUUAAUUGUUGAACGUCAAUCACAACCAAUUAGUUCCGAAAAACCAUCACGAAUAAUUGAAGCUAAUGAUCGACGUCAUGAUGCUGUUAUAUUCGGUGAUAAAACAGUCGAAGAACAACAAAAAAAUCAAAUAUGGGAUAGUUUUAAACAAUCAUCAAAAUAUUCGACAACAUCUUUAGCUGGUCCUUUACUACUUGAAGAUUCUGAAAGCAAACGAUUACGAUGGAAAAAUAAAAUACGUGAUUUAUGGAUUCAACGUUAUAGUGUGAAAACAACAAUAAAUACUAUAGAUAUGGAUACAAAUUGA